CAGGAAAUAACAAACCCCAACAAAACUAGGUUCAAAAGGCUUGAGCUUGUACAACACAUGAUGCUGCACCAACCUGUUCCUAACAAGCAGCAACACUCUGCUGAAUAACAUCUGACUGAACCAGGCGUUGCCACUAUGAGGAAGGGGAAGUUAAGAAUAGAUUCCAUCAGCGCUCCAGAAAUAUUUUCAAUAAUCAUGCUAGGCUUAAGUUUACAGGCAACUAAAGAAGACCGGUUCAUCUUAGUCACUUUUAGCUCACCCAGUUGGCAGAUCAAGACAUCUAAUGCAGGAUAUCAAGUGUGUGGUGGUGGGUGAUGGAGCUGUGGGUAAGACAUGCCUGCUCAUCAGCUACACCACCAACAUCUUCCCUGGGGAAUACAUCCCUACAGUCUUUGACAACUAUGCUGCCUCUGUGAUGGUGAAUGGGAAACCAAUGAGACUGGGAUUGUGGGACACAGCAGGACAGGAGGACUACGACAGGCUAAGACCAUUGUCUUACCCACAGACGAACGUGUUCCUGAUUUGCUUUUCCAUUGUCAGCCCAGCAUCAUUUGACAAUGUUCGUAACAAGUGGAAUCCAGAGGUACAACAUCACUGUCCCUCAGUCCCUAUAGUUCUGGUGGGCACCAAGCUGGACCUCAGAGAAGAUGAAACAACAGUGGAAAAGCUCAAGGAAAAGAAACUCUCCCCCAUCACAUCUUCUCAGGGCGAGGACUUGGCUAAAGAAAUAGGUGCAGUGAAAUAUAUGGAAUGCUCAGCGUUGACUCAGAACGGCCUCAAGGCGAUAUUUGAGGAAGCCAUCAUGGCAGCCUUAAACCUCGAAUCCAUUACUGACACAAGGAAGAAGAAAAGGAAGAACUGCACCGUUUUAUAAAGGUGGUCCACUGUCAUCAGAAAACCUGGAUCCACUCACAACUCUGAACCCACGUGUGAAGAAAAGAAAGGUACUUGGUUUUCUGGCUGGUGUCGUCAGUUCAACUUCAUGAAAAUAAAUAAGACUUUAUGAAUAAACAUGAAGACUGACCAGACAAGCAUUGAGGUAAACCUGUUGAAACCUUUUGCUGAUUUACAAUAAAACCACAGCAGAGGUCACGUUUAGAGUCCUUUAUUUAAUUGUAGACUAAUUUCACCCACAAGGUUUGAUGGCCAACUUGGUGUCUUUGUAACGCAUCCAAGGGACUCCACACCAAGACCACUUGUUCAUUUUGAUCAGUUUUAUUUUUUAUUCCACCAGAAUUUCUGGUUAUUUACAUAUGUUGUUUUAUUAAGACCAGUUAUGUCUUAACGGGUCGGUUCCAUAAAUGUUUUAGUCAUCUCCCUGCUUGAACACUAUUGAUCCAAUGGUUCAGUGACUCCUUGUUCAGCAGAAACCUGUUAAUCACUCAUUGAUUCAAGUCAAGUAUGUUGAGGCAGAGACACAGCUAAACUAUGUUAAUAAAUGUUAUCUCUUUCUUAACCAUUUCUGUCAUUAACUGUUUUGUUGAUAUUUUCUCAUUUUAUUGUUUUCUGCUUAAGUAAGAUGCCAUUUCUUGACCCUCUGGUGAACUUCCACAUGAAGCAAAAGUCCCAAUAAAUUUGACUUGAUAUAACUUUUCUUUUUUUGGCUUUUGUGCUUUUUUAUUUUAUUUUAUUUUUUAAUAGAUGGUGCCAAAUGAGAUUAUCUUAGGAGAAUAUCUUAAUAUCUGCCCUGCUAAGGUAACUGUACUGGUGUAACUGGGCUUUAGAGCAGAUCUAAUGUGAGAUUUAGAAAAAAUAUUCCACACAUGUAUUUUCUGUUCACAAAACUCUUCUAGAAUGUUAAGUCUAACAUCAUAGUGUUACUUUGCUUUGACUUGCUACUGUUUUCAGAAUAUCAAAAUAAAACUUGUUUCUAUA